UUUUGUUGAGUUUAAAAAGGGCUGUUGACCUUGGCUUUUCUCAACGGGGAGUUUGCCCUUGCUGAAAAGCCCAUAGCCUUGUCUUGUUAUAAAAUCGCAUCUUGUCGUCGUUGUUGUUUCCCUUCGGUCGACAGCCCUUUUGCUGCAAUAAUCAUCGAAAUUAUUCAACUCUGCUUACAAUGUUUGCCCCGACAUUUGCGCCUCCUGCCUCCCUCUUCCAAAUAACCCAUCAGUAUGAACCUUGCCAAAAUACCAUCCGAGAACCCGCUUUCCGCUCACCAUUUUGUGACGCCGCAUCACUGGAGCGAGCGAAAUUGUACCGAUUACAGCGGUUACAAGCGAUUCUAGAGGAAGAGCGAAAGGAGUUGGAACAGCAAGCAAAUUCGGCAGCUGGGAAUUGUAAAGUCCGAGACAAUCUGGGGAGUGAUGGGACUUUGACAGAAUCCUCAUCGCCAAAAGAGAAUGGAAAACAAGUUAAAUUCCAGUCGCAUGUGUUGGUCGUCCCGCCUCCCCCUCCGACCAAACCGCUUUGGCGACGAGGAAUCAAGUUAUUUGGAGCGCAACGUAACCAAGGGAUCGUAGUGGAAGUUGCAGACUUGGUGGGUUGAGGUGAUCAAAUACCAAGAAAUGAAUUUGGUUGUUUGAAAUUGUAUAUUUGUGUGCUUUUUGGUCGUAUGUGUUGGCAGCGGGUUCUGCUCACAGUUUGUAGAUAAGUGCGGUUUGGGAGGCAUGUCUUAAAUUUCGUGUAAAAGAUGAAUUGGGUCAUUUGGGGGAUUUGUCGAUAUUUUCUAUCCGAAAUUCUUUUGUUUUAAAACAUGAUUGUCUUUGCAAUGCUAAAGAACUGUUUCCCA